AUGCCUUCACAAGAGGCGAGACGCCGAACUUCAACCAGCGGAUCACGGCCGCGGGGAAUCUGGACCGGUGCUCAGUUCUUGCCGCGAUUUAUAGCAGAGCAUGAUGUACCCGGAGAAGGUCCGUGUUAUUUUUACGAUGAUGGAACGCAUUGUAAAACGGUCAUUGACGGCGAGGUGGUUAAUGCUCAGUGGGGAGUAACAAAAGCGGGCAAGCCUCGAAAGCGACUAGCGGUCGCAUGCCUGACUUGUCGGGAGAAGAAAAUAAAGUGCGAGCCUGAUUUCCCCAAAUGUGUUCAGUGCGAGAAAUUCGGGCGAGAGUGUCGUUUCCAGAAUGCGAACUUUCUCGCCGAAAAGAAGAAGAAGAUGGAAGGUCAACUCUCACCGGAGCUGUCGUGGGGGAUGCUGAAAGGCUUGGGCUCCGAUAAAAUGUUGCCUCAGCGAAAAGGGUCGUCCGAGGGGCAUUUUGUCUACGCAACGAAAUCACCGCCGCGAGACCUUGCUCUCACCCGGACUCACUCUGUCUUCCAAUUACACGUUGACCCUUACCAGUCUGAUCCGGAGUUGACAGGUCAGUUGAUGGAGGUCUACUUUCUCCAUAUCAACCACCAGUGUUUGUCUCUCUUCCCCUCCACGCCAUUUCUUCUUUGGGCAAAGACAGCAAAAGAUAAAUCAGAUAGAGAUCUUAUGCUUCUCUAUACCAUCAUGGCCGUCGCUGCCCAUCUCUCUCCGCGACAAGAGCAUAAAAGUUAUGCGGAAACAUUUGCCGGGUUAUCGCGCUGUGCUUUGGAGCGUCACUGGAACAAGCCUAGCGUCCAACUCUGCCAGUCUCGUCUGUUAAUGGCCCUAUACUGUUUCGCUGAAGGUCAAAAGGCUGAGGCGUGGGAGUAUGCGGGUUCAUCCCUGAGAACUGCAAGUGCGCUUGGGCUUCAUUCUGAAUACGUUCCUCUGGGGGAGAUGAAAGUCGAUGAUAGCCUAGGGUAUGCCCAUACAUCUGCCGCUAUCAAAGAAGUCCGACGACGAACUUUUUGGGCGGUUUAUCUAGCCGACCGCAUCCUCAGUUUUGAUACUUGCAGUCCUGCCAUUUUGAACGACGAAGACGUGUUUUUGCGGUUGCCCUGCAGAGAUGAUUUGUUUGAGGACGGAGUUGAAAGCUCUGCGCCGUUCUUUGACAAUAAAAUAAUUAAUUCGGAGCUUUGCCGUUCUGUCAACGAGCGAAAUAUUAACCCUAUGGGUUUCCUCGUCCAGAUCGCUUCAAUUUAUAUGGAAGUCGCCCGGGAUGUGUAUCGGACAGUCCAUUGCUCGGUCAAUAGCUACAAGAACAAUUAUGAAUCCUUCUACGCCCGGGCGGAGCAACGGUUGGCAGAGUGGCGUAACAGCCUUCCCUCUCCUUUUAUUGAGUCAUCGGAAAACCUUGGUCGCAGUAUCCAAGAUGGCCGUAUCGGUAUUUAUUUGGGCAUUCACGCCGUGCAUUUCGCCACGGUGAUGAAACUAAACCGAUAUGCUCGAGGAGCUUGCCUCUCUUCCCAAAGCAUUCGCAGAAACAUAUUCCAAGCCUGGCAAUGCUCCCAACGGUGGCUCCAGAUUGUACGCGAUCUGAACCAGACCAAACACAUGCUUCCAGGCCGGAACGCUUCGGUCAUCCCCCCGUUUGUCAGCUUCACCACCUUGACAGCAUGCGACAUUCUUAGUGCCCGCGGAAGAGUCGUUGAUUGGCGUACCAUUCUUAACGGCAUGAACGAGGGAGUAGCACUGGUUGGCGACGUUGGGGUGUUCUGGGCCAGUCCUCGAAUGCAAGCAAAAGCUAUUCUCGGUCGGAUCGCUGAGCUGAGCCGCGCGGUACUCAACCAGUCCUCCGACCAAGCAGAUCAGGUAAUCUUCGCGAUGCAAUUUCCAUUAGAGUCCAAGGACAAUUGUCCGCAGGACCUCGAUCUAGUCUAUUCCACUCCCACGGCGUGGUAUUCCGACAUUCUCCCCAGUCCUUGA